CGAACUUUUUGGCAUUGGUUUACGUGCCAAUCACAUUUAUUGGCAUAUUUUUUUUCCAGAAAUGUUAGAGUGUGUGGGCGAAAACCAAUGUCUGUGUACACAAACAUUUGUUUCGGAGUAACCUAACCCUAACUUUUUAUGAUAUGUUUUGAUUGUAUACACCGACACUAAAGAAAACUAGUGUCUGUAUACACACAUUUUUGUUUAUGGCAAAAUUUGACAAAAUGUUUCAAGUAUUUCAGUUUAUUUUUUCAGCGACUCUCCGAUGACUUUUUGGUAACUCACAAACAUUAUUACUUCUCCGGUGCACAGACAAAAAUAAAGGUGAAGAGGAUGGAUGGUGAAGAUGGGGUAUGAAUAGAAUAAAAGGAAAGAAAAAAGAAGAAUGAGGAAAAGGGGAAAGAAAAUGAUGAAAGAAAGAAAACAACAAGAAAAGAAGAAUGAAGAAAAGUGGAAUAAAAACGUCGGGAAGAUGAUAGCAGCAAUUGGUUUUCCGUUGAGCGCAUCGACGAAGGGAGGGGAAGAGGUGUUGCUGCAGGCGGUGAAAUGGUCUGAGUCGCUGGGGUUUCCUAAUUAUGUUGCUGAUAUUUCCUAUUUGAAACUUCUAGAGUUGGGCAGUUCCUCCUUGGGCCAGAAGUGGGUGGGCCUUUAUUAUAUUCCAGCUCAAUCGAACAAAGCACCGGAAAUGGUGGCUGGGUUGGGCUUUCAUCGGGCUUUUUCUUGGCGGAAGGGAGAUUUAAUUCCAUAUGAGUUGGGAAGAGCUCUUAAAGCUUGAUGAGGAGUUCAUUCCUUAUAUUUUCUGAGUUUGAUAUUGUAUUUAGUCUCUUAUUGUUGAAAGGGGAUGCCCUUUCAAAGGUCUUGACAUAGUCCCCCUCACACUUUGUAAUGUUUAUUUUUUUGUUAUAAUAUCCGGCAAACGUUCCCCAGAGUUUGCCCCACCAAUUUUGGUUGUUUGCCUACCGGGUUUUAAAAAAAUGAUGAAGAAAGAUAAAAA